GGCACAUGCCCCCGGCGCUCAGCACACCUCCACUGCGCGGGCGCCCUCAGGAGCCUCUCUCUCCAGCAUGAAGUCUGCGCCCCCAGCUGCCCUGGUCCUCAGCCUGGUCUUCGCCUCCUUCCAAUCGGCUUGCUUGGCAGAAGCAACCAGUGGCAACAAUUCAACCUUGACCAACCACCACCCAGAUCCUGAGACUCUGGAACAGUGCCACAAUGUGGACUUCUGCCCACAAGCAUUCCAGUGUUGCCACGCUGGAGUGGAUGAGUACGGCUGGAUCGCGGCCGCUGUUGGCUGGAGCCUCUGGUUUCUCACCCUCAUCCUGCUCUGUGUGGAUAAAUUGAUGAAGUUAACUCCAGAUGAGCCCAAGGACUUGCAAGCAUGAGAUGCAGAAUCAGAGCCCCAAGAAUGCCAGCCACCACCCAGCUGUGGCUAAUAGCAGGCACGGACUAGUGCCAAUGUGGUUUCUUGUAAAGUCAUUUUCACCUUUAAACUUCAGUUACUUUUUUAAAGGGAAGGAAGACAGAAAGGGGCUCCACAUAAGGGAAUGCCAGUGCGGCUAAUUCCAAGAGGCAGGUGGGCCUCUGAGCUCUCAUAACCUCCUUUCUCCAGAGAGUCUCUAUGGGAUUUCCUUCUGUUUUAACCAUGGCUUUCUUCUGGGCUCCAACGUGGAGCACAAGAAACAUAAGACUUGCU